AGGCCUUUAUCUACCACUUCAAGGGUGGGAUCAUCGCUAGCUGGCUCUCCUAAUGAGCUGUCAGCCACCCAAAUGCAAAGUUUCCUUGAAGCUGGCCUAGCUAUGAUCGACGAGUCACCGGACACACGCAGGACAUUUGUUGAAAGUCUGGCCACCGAGUCUGGUCUUCGCAAAGUUCGGCAGAUAGUUGAGACUCCAUUCGCAAUGACUUACAGCGUUCUGAAGCCUAUGUUUGAUCCACAUUGUAUAUUGUUCCUUCGACUGGUCUCUCACAAUGAGCUACUAUCGUCACUUAUACUUGAGAAGGCUGUGGGGACAAUCUACAAUGUCAUAUACGGUCCCGGUGGUCGAAGGGCAGUUGGGUUCUUCACAAGAAUGACAGACUUUCUCGCCCAGGUCAAAACCGAUGGCAGACAUCAGAGUUCUGUCCAGUUUGGUGCUGCGCGAAGCGAAGUGAUGUCUCUAGUUUCGAGGGUACUUCUCAGUACUUUGACCUUGAACCACGAGGCUGCAAUACAGGUAAAUCUCAGGAGCAUUGCUGGCAGGAUUUACGACUGCUGUCAUGCCGAUAACGCCGACGCCGGGGCCGGCGAUGACAGCUUGCAGUGGGCAUACGAGAACAUACUCAAGAUUCAAGACAUCCUUGCUAUGGGGGACUCGAUUUCUAUAUCACAAAAGCCCGAUAAUUUGCAAACCAUCAGAACCAAUCUGAAAGGCAGCACGAGGCAUAUUGUUGACCUCCCCGGCGAACUAUCUGAGCUUGGCCCUCGCCAUGACAAUGACAAAUCGGCCAUCUCAGAUAUUCAAAUUCUGCCUACAAAAUCGGAGAUACUGAAUGCUGACCGACCUGAGUUUCUCCCUGCACGAUGCGCUACUGAUUCCCCCAUUUUGCAUCACGAGCGGGGCAUCCGUCGACUUCUCGAUAGUCAAUUCCGCCUUCUACGGGAGGACACAUCCGGUUUACUUCGCGAAGGUAUACGAUUAAUCAUACACACAUGGGAACUGAUUGUUCACGGAACAGACUGGCGACUGAAGCGCAAGUUCCUUCGUGACAAUAUGCCAACUCCGGUCCGGGUUUAUUCAGGAGUCGAAAUUCGACAAAUAAAGUCAGGGCAGUUCAGAGGGAUCGAAGUGGACUUGGAAUUUGAUCAGCUUUCUAGACUGAAAAAUGUAAGCUCAGCAAAACGAAAACAGUGGUGGUUUGACUCAAAGGCGUUAAAAAAAGGAUCAACCCUGCUGGCUUUGUUAGACGCAGAGGAUGUGGAUGACACAUCCGCGAUCUACUUCCUUGUCUCGAAGAGGGAGACCAGCUAUAUCGAAAAAAGCAAACAGGGCUCUGUUCCGGCCGAUCGUGUCAACGAUGUAGUUAGCGAUGGCAACAGAGCCAUGGUUACACUGGGGCUAGUAGGAUCACCCAAUCCGCAAGACUUGGAGAAGCUUGUUUUGUUUGCGAGGAGCAAUCCCUUUCCCCGACCACUCAUACUCGUGGAAUUUCCAGCCAUUCCGUACAAUUCUUUUGAGGGUAUUCUGAGAUGUCUUCAGGUGCUACAUCAGAACCCAGCACGCAUGCCAUUUACUGCAUGGCUAGCCCCGAGUACCGAUAACCAUGAAAUGCAUGAAGCUCUGACGGAAGGUAGCACCGACGCUGGCAAUAUCAGUAUACAACCCCCUGCAUACUUCCGAAACAACCUAUUACUCGACCUUUCUUGCCUCCGAGGCCAAGGCGAUGUUGAGGACGCAAGUCAGAUACUGUCUAUGUCUCUUUCCCACGAUCCUAAGAUACUUUCCGCAGACCUCUCCAGGGUAACUGAUUUGGACGAAGGCCAGGCAGACGCGCUCAUUUGGGCACUACGGCGGAAGAUAGCUUUGAUUCAAGGCCCCCCAGGGACUGGAAAAUCAUACGUAGGGCUACAGCUAGCUCGAUGUCUGCUGUACAACAAGGAUAUGCUGAACCUGGGCCCGAUACUAUGUGUAUGCUACACCGCUCACGCACUUGAUCAAUUUCUCGAUGGGCUUCUUAAAUCGGGUGUUACCAAUAUCAUCAGGAUUGGCCCUCGCAGUUCCUCUCCACACAUCGAGAGUCUCUCAUUGGAAAUAAGAAAGCAAGAGCCUGGACCCCGAAUUAAGGGUCUUCCUAGGAUAAAGGAUGAAUCGCGAGUGAAGCUACUCAGCAUAAGCUCAAGAAUUGACGAACUCCUGAAGCAAGCCCAGAGCGGCUGUCACAGUCUCGUUCUUGGGGUUCUGAAGAAAAGGUUCCCCUCCCACUCCAACCGCAUAAUUUCGGGGUCUCCUGGCCAAACGGACACGAAUGCAUUACAAGAGUGGGUUUCUGGCGAUGCUCCCGGAGACUGGAGCGAUGCUGAUAUUGUGCGCUCUAUUGACCAACUCCUGCAGGAGGACGUCUGGACGCUCAAGGCUUCUGAGCGAACCCGUCUCCUUAGUUACUGGCAGGAGGCGGCUCUCACAGAGAUCAGUCAACAAGUAUUGACACUUCUAGAAGCUCAUUCAGCAGAAAAAGAGCGAUAUACCUCAGCGUUCAACAUGUCGGAUGUGCAACGCCUGAACGACUGUCAGGUCGUAGGCGUAACUACUACCCAACUAGCAAACAAUGCCGAUUUGCUCCGAAACCUCGAUGCAAAGGUGCUCAUAUGUGAAGAGGCAGGAGAGGUUCUUGAAUCGCAUGUCCUUACUGCGCUAUUACCUUCAAUCCAGCACGCUAUUCUGAUAGGAGAUCACUUGCAGCUACGUCCACGCAUCUCUAACCUUAGGUUAUCAAUGGACUAUGAACGGGAGAACCCAAAGUACAACCUCGAUGAGUCAUUGUUUGAGCGGCUAGCGAACUCCCGGUUCGGAGAAUCAACAUCGAGUGGAGGUGGACAGAACCAGCAGGAAUAUAGCUUCCCGGUGAUGCAGUUGAGCCAUCAACGGCGGAUGCAUCCAUCCAUUUCUGAACUGGUCCGCGAGACUUUAUAUCCGAAGCUCCAAGAUCAUCCUACAAUGGCCUCAUAUCCCCUUGUACCUGGAAUUGCUCACAGAUUGUAUUGGCUCGACCACCGUCACUUGGAAGAUCCGACUGAUCCUACAGAGCCAAUGCAAAGCAAGACGAAUACGUGGGAGAUUGGAAUGGUAACUGCAUUGGUGCGACAUCUCUGUCAACAAGGCAAGUAUGGGCCCGGCGAGAUUGCCGUAUUGACGCCAUAUGUUGGACAGUUGAGAAUGCUCAAAAAUGUCCUGGAAAAGGAAAUGACCCUAAUAAUCAGUGAAACGGACUCAGAUGUACUCGAUGAACCUGAGGGGUUAGAAGUGAGUGGAUCCUCUACUACGCAUGGAAAAUGGGGCGCAAAGCAGAGGGCCCCUCAGAAGGGGAGCCUUCUAGAUGUCAUUCGAUUGGCUACGGUCGACAAUUUCCAGGGCGAAGAAGCCAGUGUCGUUAUUGUCUCCCUUGUUCGCAGCAACAAAUACCGAAAUUGUGGGUUUCUGAAGAUGCCAAACAGGAUCAACGUACUGCUCAGGAAAGUAUUACACAGGGAUGGUACUCAUUGUACAGAUGCUGACUUGGUCUCCAGCCGUGCCAAACAUGGCAUGUAUAUUAUUGGCGAUGCAAGUACGGCAUCAACCGCGCCCAUGUGGUCAUCCGUUAUUCAGCUACUGGAAAAAGGCGCUAAUAUUGGCCGGAGACUUGAGUUGCGUUGCGAUCGUCACCCGUCCAAGGGGUUUUGUGUUUCUUGCCCGAACGACUUCACCAUACAUGCCCCUGAAGGUGGAUGUGCGGAAAAAUGCCGACUAAGGCUAGACUGUGGGCACACCUGUGCUGUGAAGUGUCAUUCAGAAAGACAACACAAAGCAGUGAAAUGUAUGGAGCUGUGCACUCGGAUGAAAGAAUGCGGCCAUACGUGUCCAAAGAAAUGUCAUGAACAAUGUGGGGAAUGUCUGCAGGUGGUCCAUAAUGUCCUCCUCCCCUGUGGGCAUUUAGCGGAGGCCGUGGAGUGCAGGCAAAUGGGCAAUCUCGCAAAGGUGCGGUGCACUAAGCGCGUUUCCCGCACUAUGGAUCGCUGCGGCCACAUUGUCGAGAUAUGCUGCUUUGAAAAUGAUGGUGCAGUGAAUUGCUUUCAUCUGUGUGACAGCCCCCUGUCUUGCGGGCAUACCUGUCGACGUCUAUGCUGGCAGUGUAGAUACACAGAGGGCGAGUCCUACCACAUUGAUCAUGGCCGUUGCCGAAACCCAUGCGGCCGGGGAUUCUCGGCUUGCUCGCACAGCUGUGGCCAACCAUGCCAUCAGGGUGAACCCUGCCCGCCUUGUAAUUUGACAUGCGAAGUGCGCUGUCGGCACAGCCGUUGUGCAAAGACGUGCAACGAGCCAUGUUCCCCAUGCGCAGAGACAUGUGGGUGGGGCUGUGAGCAUCGCGAACAGUGCAGCAUGCCAUGUGCUGUCCCAUGUAACAACAUUCCUUGUGAUUUGCGAUGCAAAAAGAUAAUCACAAGUUGUGGACAUCAAUGCCCUGGUAUCUGUGGGGAACGUUGUCCAGAUCCUCGGUUCUGCCGGCUAUGCUGUGGACCAGAAAUUCUGGAGCAGAAGGUUGAUCUCAUCGAGCUCAAGGCGUACAAAGACGUGGAUAUCGACCAAGAUCCAUUGGUAUUCCUCUCCUGUGAUCACUUCUACACAGCGUCCUCACUGGACGGCAUAAUGGGGAUGUCUGAACAUUAUGAAGUGGAAUCAUCUACAGGCAGGAUACUUGGUCCGAAACUUACACACCGAUUAUUGGAGUCUGGGCGUCCAAAAGGGUGUCCUCAAUGCCGUGCACCACUUCGUGAUAUCGAUCGCUAUAACAGAAUUAUCAAACAAGCAUUCCUCGAUGAAGCAACGAAAAAGUUCGCCACUCAUGCAAGCUUGAAAUUUAGUCACCUGCUGGAAGAGGUUGAGGUCUGUGAGAAAGAUAUCGAGCGCGAAAAAUCGGGUUUUGUAUCUGAAUGGUUGCAGGAGUCAGUCGGGACAAGAAGUGCUGACGAGGUCAAGCGCUCGGUUGAAGCUUAUCGUGGAAGGGGAAACAGACUGUUGGGCAAAAUCAAGGAGUUUACCAAAUCUGUGGCAAAAUCUGAGCAGCCGUUUGGGAGGGUCAGUGAGAUACUCGCGUCAGCAACAGCGAGGAAGGCUGGCAUUCCUGCAACACCAUUCCAAUACAGUGAAUCGUAUAUCCAAACCGGGUUUCAAUCGCGCGGCCACAUUCUCGCACUUCGACUCACCUGGGUUCUUUUCUGGAACUUUGACACCAUCUACAGCAACAAGCGAAUUGACCCACACGUCAAGAUGAUUCUGGCCCAAGUGGUAACGAAUCAGAUUAGUGGUCUACUGAGUCGAUGUGAAGCUCUGGCAAGGGAUUGCCAGAAGGCUAAGUUUCUGCAGCAGGAGGUAGAGUCCCGAACGUAUUAUGCUCUGUUCUCAGUGCUGUUCCUUAGCAAUCAGGAAGCACGCGGUAGCCCUGUCGAGGGAUCCACUGAAAAGGAGAUACGGGAAAAGGCACUGAAAGAGCUGAAAGACUGUGAUGUGAUUUGUUUGCGCCAUUCCCAAAUUCUAUGGUCUCUCCGCGAGGAUAUCGAAAAAGCAAGAAGACUAGUUAAAGGCGGAACAUUCUACAGCUGCGUUACCAGCGAAGAAAGACGGCAGGUGUAUCAGGCCAUGGCGGCACAAUUCAACGGUACAGGCCACUGGUACUAUUGUGAGAACGGGCAUCCGUUUGCGGUGGGAGAAUGUGGGAUGCCGAUGGAAGAAAGUCGCUGUCCGCAGUGUGAGGCGCCAGUGGGCGGGCUCAAUCAUGAGUUUGCUCAAGGGAUCCGCAGAGCAGAUGACAUGGAUGUGGAGUUUGGCGGUUCCCCUUCUCUCGAGGCGGACGCAGACUGGUAA